CGGUGGACGGGAGGAAAUGCCGUGGGGAACUGAUAACGAAUCCGCAGGCUUCGCCGGCGGUGUAGAACCAUUGGAAGAAGCUCCAAAGGAAGCUCAUCCCCAAGAACAGCGUCAUUUCGCCGGCGGUCCAGAUGCAGAUGCAGCGCGGCGGGGCGAGGGGCACGACGUCAUUUCGCGGGCACCGUCCAGCGUGGAAGCGUGACGUGACGCGUCACGGAGGCCAAAGAAUGUGUAACAAAACCUUCACUCCGUUGGUAAAAAUGUAGAUGAAAUUCUAAAACCACACACCCGGCGGUGGAGUGGAGUACCAGCAGGCCAGUAUGCCGUCGUCACCGUCUCUCCUCCUCCGCGCCCCUCCUCCCUCGCCGCGCUUCGCCUCCCCCCGCCGCCGAUGCUCCGUCUCCACCUCCCCACCCCCUUCCCUCGGACCGACCCGCGGCGCUCCCCCUCGCCUCCACCCUCUGCGCCUGCCCCCCGCGGGCCGCCGCGCGCCUCGCGCCACCGCCCGCGUCGUGGAGGCGGACGACGGCGAUGCUGCCGACGGCCUCAUCCCGAUCGCGCGCUGCUACGAGGGCCGCCUCGCGCGGCUCGAGGUCGCCGGCGCGGCGCGGCGGGAGCAGGCGGUCGCGGCAGCGGCCGCGGCGGAUGGAGGGGCCGCGGCGGAGGCGCACCAUGCACAUUCCUCUCGCUAAUAGAGGCGCUUGCAGUUUAACCAUUGAGUGAACCUAUCCACUUUGUAUUGAAUGGCUUGCUAGGAGGAACUCACCUACUGGUUUACUUGUGUAUGCGAACAAUUACAGCAGCCUUGAAAAUUUCUGUUUGAUUGUUUGUCUUGUUCUGCAUCUUGAGUAAGUUUCGGCAAUUUCUGUAGAUUUUGCAAGCCAAGGAAGUUAAAGACAAGGCCAGUAAGAUAAAGAAACAACUUGGAUCUGAGUUUUUCUCUGAAAAUGAACCUGAUUCAGAGACUAUGUUGGCUAUGGCAUUUAAGCAAGUGGUGAUGCAGCGGCUUUCAAACUUUCGGCUCGAGGCCUUCUCCCCAGGUUCAGAGAGAGACCUAGAAGACUUGAGCAAACCACGAAAGCAGGUGUCUAUGGAUUUUAGUGUCAUCUCAUCAGAUGAAAAACUUCUGGCUUCUCUUGCUGAAGCCAUUUUCUCCUGUGCCAUCGAGGAUGCCAGCAACAAUCACAUCGGGGGCACAGGCAGUUUGUUUCAGAAGCUACAGUUCAACUGCUCAAUCGACACCUCUGUUUGUAUACACAAAAUUUCUGAGGCAGAAAUUGUGAGGAAUGCUAAGAGAUGCCUGGAGAAUUUUAGUCUAACGAAGUCUCCUCAGAAUAUGCAAAAAACAAAGAAUGGAUGGUGGCCAGCACCAAAUUAUGAUAGUUUGGUGAAAAUCGGGGGUCUUGAGUUUGUCCUUUGGGCCAAUGAGUACAUUCCUACCUACAAACUGCAAAUAAAUGCCAAAGCAUUUGAGAAUACUAAUCUUGAAGGCCGUCAUGAGUUGCAAAGUAAUAGGUGGGAAGUUCUCUUAACCCACUCGCAACUGGCGGAACUAGGGAACAUUAUAGACAUGUACUUUGAAGACCAAUUCACAUUACCAGGCAAAACUUUCCAUCCUCACUGGAAUUCAGAUCCAUCAAAGAUUAAAAAGAACAAUGGCUAUUUGAACAACCUUUUUACUUUCUUGGCUGGUAGCUGUAUUAUUCUUUUUGUCACUGUCUUUGCUAAAUUAUGCUGGCCUCGAUCUCUUAGGGACAAAAGACUAUUCAACGGAAGUUCAAAUGUCUCACCAUCUCAGAGCUACUGUUCUGAUAUCAACUCUCUCGAUAGCAGUGAGAUACAAGCUUAUUGCACAUCUCUUAUUAAGAAAAUGAAAGACUCGUAUGGCUGCCCUGGUGAUGUAAUCAUUGAUGCACAUAUUGGAGCAUGGGUUGGAGAACUACCUGACUGCUUCAAGGGAAUCAAUAGCCAGGAUAAUACUGCUUCUGGCAAUGUUCAGCAUCCUGACACUUUUAGCCAAGAAAAUCAAUCCCAGUUGGUGCCAACUAAUAUUAAGAUGUCUGAUUUGGAACAAAAUGAUAGAACUCAGGAAACUCUGCAGAAUAUUGCUAGUUUUCAGGUGGUCAUGUCAGAAGACGGUAAAGUAGUGGGAUUUCAGCCAACUAACCGCCCAGCUGUGAACCAUUGGUCAACAAACCCACUAGCUACACUUCUGUAUCAGGGGCAAACGCUUUCUCCAGGUAUUCUAGAACCAAAGCUUAAAAUUUCUCGUCCAGCUAAGGCUGUCCCAAUUGAAUUGUUGAUGUUGGUAAAUCAAGAUUCCUUUUUUGCUUUGGCAAGGCCCAUUCAAGACCUAUAGUAGCAGAGAAUGAAAGAUUUGGCUGCUCUGGUGAUAUAAUGGUUGAUGCAAAUAUUGGAGCUCGGGUUGGAGAGCUGCCUAACUGCUUCAUGAUCAUCAAUAGCAUGGAUAAUGCUGCUUCUGAUGAUGUUCAACAUCUGGACGUAGCUAUCCUAGAAAAUCAACUGCAGUUGGUGCCAUCUAAUUUUCAGAUGGGCUGUUUGGAACGAAAUGAUACAACUCAGGAAACCUGGUAGAACUUUGCAACUUUUCAGAUGUAGUCCAAAGUACAAGUGGAAGAAGGGUACAAUGCUAGAAUUGCUUGCUGUCUCGUGGUUGAAUGAAGUGGCUGUUGCCGUUUGCUCCUCCGCCAUGCGUCUCCCGGCUCCUCUGCAAGGCGCUCCGAUUGUCAGCUAUGUUGGCUGGCACUCACGCCAAAACGUCGAGCUGUUCAUCCACUCCUUCCGCUGCUGUUCCAAGUCACCAAGCCCAGCUGCAACGUGGUCUGCUGAAGCACGGCGCCGACACCAUCUCCAUUGCCAAAGGUUCGCUUAAAUGUGAACCGGGGUUUAGCGCAGCGGUGUCCGGCCUUACCGCUUGAGGCGAACCAAAGUGAUGUUCUAGAUGCACAAUUGUAUUUAGAAGCAUUGAAAAGAAAGAAAAAUAGUGAGGGCAUCAACAUUGAUGUAAGUUACUGAUAUGGGCUAUGAUGGAAUUGUUUGUAAAUACAUUCAAUUAUAAAUCCAAUCUUUUGACGUACAGUACAUCCCAAAGGUCGGGCAAGUAGUCAGAAGUUCUUCGUA